UUGGUGUCCUCUCCGUGUGUGUCUCUCUUCGCCUCCGUCUGCUGCGGGGUAUAAAAAAAAAAUCAAAAUAUUAAAAGCACGCCUGGCGAAUUAAUAUUGAUUGCGCGCUUUUCUUCAAUUGGCAAACAAUUGAAUAUUUGAAAAGCAACAAAUAUAAAAACCUGACUUCCAUUAAUGGAGGCUCAUCUCGGCCCCGUGUUUGUUGUUGUUUAUUGUUGUGAAAAGAAAGAGGAGGCGGAGAGAGAGAGAGGAACAAAGAGGAGGCAACAGAAGGCAAAGCAAUUGACAGCACGUUACGUAUACGCCUCUUACGCCCCGCUUUUAUAGUAGGAUUUUGUUUGCCAAGUUUGUUGUGUUUCUGUGUGCAUAAAAUAAUUAUUAAAAAUCAAAACCUUUGCCAAAAAUAAAAUAAAAGUGAAAAGUACUGGUGUUUGGUCAGCAAAUGUGUUGUAAAAAGACAUAAAACCACACCAAAAUGCAAGUAAUAGUUGCUAAAGAAUUAGCUACAAGUUUAUUUUGAACCAAACAUUUAAGUUAAAUUAGAAUUCAUUUUUUAAUGGAUUCAUUUAUAAUAAUAUUUUAAAGUGUUUACAAAAGCUAAACAAAAUUAAAAGUAAAUUAAAAAGCCAAAUUCGUAUUUUUUAUGGCAAAAACCUUUAAAGCGAAAGCAAAAUAAGGGCAAGGCCAAGUUAAAAAUAUAUAAUCAUUAGAAGAAGAACAUUCAACAAAUUGUACAUAUUAUAAAUAAUUGAAAAUUAAAGCUGUGAGAAUGCAUAUAAAAUAAAUAAAGUUUAAAUUAAGCGGAAAAAUCAACAUAAACGUAUAAAUAUAAACAAAGUCAAAAUCUUUUUAAAAGUGAAACUGGGAAACAUAAACAGAUAAAAAGCACAGCUGAUUAAGAUAAAUAAGGGGUGAAAAUAAAUGGAAAAUGUAAAUAAGGCAAAGACAAAAGUAUGCAAAAGUGAAAAUGAACCUGCAAAAAUAAAUAAGGGGUGUUUUCCACCCGACACAAACACCUCAACUCGAGUUGCACUGCGAAUAUAAUGGAGUUUGAAGAGCGGAGAAAAUCAAUAAACGACUUCCUUUUUGUUUUUUGUUUUUUUGCCUUGGCCUCACUUGCAACAAAAAGCACACCCCCGAUGAAUCAAAAACAAAAGGGGGAACGCAGGGAAACAAAAGCGGAAGCGAAUCAAUUGUUUGGCUUGAAAUAUUGAGCUCUGUGCCUGCAGUGGCACAAUUAUUGCUUUGUGGUCGAAAGCCACUCGACCAUAAAGCAAAAAACUGUCGUUCUCCUCAAGCUGACUCAAUAUAUUUUUGGUUUCCGCUCUUGUUUAUUUUUUUUUAUUUCUGAUUUUAUGCUUUUUUUUUUGUCAAGAACAUUUAGCACAGCAAACUAAAUUUAGACAGCACAACGUCGACGCCGACGAUGAGCAGCACCACUUACAAAAUUUGUCGCCAACUGCAGGCAAAGUUUGCGGCCGCGUAGCAAGCAGCAGCAGCAGCAGGAAAUGUCCCAUGAAUAUCAAUAGCAGAUAUACACGCUAUAUCAAAAAAUAACACACAAAAAAUCAAUCCAAAUCCGGCAACCACUGCAAUCCACUCCAAUCCGGAAACGAAGAGCGGAUAGAGAGAUCCAGGUCCAGGCCCCCAUCAGUUCCUAUGCAGCAAGCAUCGAGUUUAAAUGAAAUUGAGCAAGAGCCUGGCAAACUGUCGCGCCAUCCGGCGGUAUUUGCUCAUCUUCACGGCCGUCUCCCUGCUCCUGCUGCCCCUCUCCCUGGUCUACCUGGUGUGGAAUGAGCAGCUGCAGAAAAUCCGAGGAUUCGAGGCUUUUAAUGUGCAGCAGCAGCCGCCGCCGCAGCAGCAGCAACAGCCACAUCCGCAGCAGGGGCAGCAACAGGAGCAGCAGCAACAUGGCCAGCUUCCGUAUCCGGUGGUCCGGUAUCCGGUGCUGCUGCUAAACAAGAACAAGAACAAGGAUCUCACCGUGGUGGCAACGGGCAAGACUAAGAACAAGUGGCGCUAUGUCGAUAAAGACAGCAACCAGACGCUCCUGCCCCUCAUUCCCGAGUAUGCCGUGCAGACGCUAUCGUCACAGGAAAUGCUUCAGGUGGAGCAGCGGAUGGACCAGCGCAGGGAGCGGCUGAGGGACAAGUGCUCCGCCUACGGCCUGGACAUCCUAGGUCACGACUCGUGGCACACCCCGAAUACGUGGGAAUUUCUGGUCAACAAAAAGUAUCAUAUUAUAUGGUGCAAUGUCUUUAAGGCAGCUUCCUCAUCCUGGAUGUUCAACUUCAAUGUCCUGGCCGGCUACUCACCCAGCUAUUUGCGCAAAACCAAAAAGAUUCUCCUCAAUCUGGCCAGGGAGCGAUAUCCCCGUGUGACCCUCGACGAGCUGCGUGAGGCGCAGAAUUACUCGCUGACCUUCAUCAUAGCACGCGACCCCUUCGAACGGCUGUUGAGCGCCUAUCGAGACAAGAUGGUGUUCGCCCUGCCCUACUCCUUCCACGACAAGUUGGGACGCAGCAUUGUGCGUAAUUAUCGCAAGAAGCCCGCGUUGGCAGCCCGUGCGGCCAACACGAAGUUCCCGUCGUUCCCCGAGUUUGUCCACUGGCUGCUCGACCAGGUGAAGCGGGGCAGCUUCAUCGACAUGCACUUUGUGUCGGCCACAUCCUUCUGCACGCCCUGUCUCAUCCGAUUCGACAUGAUACUGAAGUUCGAGUCGCUGGCGGAGGAUCAAUUAUAUCUAAUCGAAAAGACUGGCCUGAAACGGGUGAUAGCGCCCGUGUGGCGCAACAUGGGGAAGGGUCGCAAGACGCACGAGCUCCAGCAGCAGUUCUACGCGCAACUGACGCGCCAAGAGAUGCUGGAGCUCUACGAGUAUUACAAAUACGACUUUGAGCUGUUUGACUAUGACAUCCAGGAGUAUCUGCAGGUGGCCCGGCCGGACGUGGCCGAUAGUCCGGCGGGCACAAAGAAUUAACCCCGGCUAUGAAUCUUAGACUUUGCUAAAUAGAAAAUACCAAUGAAUCAAGUUCAACGAACUCACAUAUUAGCCGUCACAGUACGUAAUUGCAAAUGUUGAUAAUACUGAAGGAAAACAAUAAUAAACUUAACUACAUUUAAACGAAA